CAGCGAGUCACGUGAUAGAGCGUGACGUCAUGAGAAUCCUGUGAUACCGAAGUGAAAUUAGGAAGGAGAAUCAUCGCUCAGACUAGGCGGUUACCUAGUCAAAAAUAAAGACGAACCCCUGCGGUUUCGCUGUGAACAGAACCGAACCGGGUUUUGGAGCCACUGGACCUUCCAGCUACCGAGCCAACAUGACGGCGGCGGUGUUUUUCGGCUGCACAUUCAUCGCCUUCGGCCCAGCCGUGUCCCUGUUCCUGUUCACCAUCGCCCGGGAGCCGCUGAGGGUCAUUUUCCUUAUAGCAGGGGCAUUCUUCUGGCUGGUGUCGCUGCUGAUGGCCUCCCUGGUGUGGUUCAUCUCGGUUCAGAUUAGUAACAAGGAGAGCGUGUCGCAGCAGAAGGGUCUGCUCAUCUUCGGUGUGGUGCUGUCCGUCCUGCUGCAGGAAACUUUCCGCUUCGCCUACUACAAACUGCUCAAGAAAGCAAAUGAAGGCCUUCUUGCUUUGAGUCAAGAGGAAACGAUGCCAAUAUCUAUACGACAGCUUGCCUACGUGUCUGGCCUCGGCUUCGGCUUUAUGAGCGGAGCGUUCUCUGUGGUCAACAUCCUGGCCGACUCUGUGGGUCCAGGCACUGUGGGCAUCCACGGCGACUCUCAACACUACUUCCUGUCAUCAGCCUUCAUGACCAUGGCCAUCAUCCUGCUUCACAUGUUCUGGGGCAUCAUCUUUUUCGACGGCUGUGAGAAGCAGCGCUGGUUAGCCGUAGCUGCGGUCGUCGCCAGUCACCUCCUGGUUUCCUGCUUGACCUUCCAGAACCCGCAGUACGUCUCCAGCCUGGUUCCCACCUACGUCGUCAUGUUCUUCAUGGGCGUUUGGGCGUUUUACACCGCGGGCGGCUCCCUGAGGAACCUCAAACUCUGCCUCACCUGCAAAGACAAGGACUUCCUGCUGGCCAACCACCGGCCCAGAUAACGCCGCGAGCUCAUCGGUUUACAGGACUCAAUCCAAAGCUCUGCACACACACUAUGAACCUUUUUAAUUCGCUGUUUCACAUGGCCGCUUACUUACUAUGUUUAGUCUGUAAAAACAUAAAUUUUUCAAGAGAAACAGGUGAGUUACACUGCAAAAACACAACAUUUUACAAAGUAUUUUUGU